AUGCGAGACGAUAUGGCACUGAGCGUAUUGCGGCAACUUGUCGAGCUUCCUUUGAACCCCUAUGGCCCUUUACCCCUUCCUCUGUUCGGAAAUCUUCACACAAUGCUUGCUCAUGAACCUGGAUAUGAUGUAUUUGAUACGUGGAAGAAGAAGUAUGGCCCAGUUUACACCUACUGGAUUGGUAAUGAACGUUCAGUCUUCUAUUUCCCAAACUGCAUCACAUGA